AUGUUAAAAAAACAAAAAUAAUUAAUUGAAAAUCCCACCAAUGACUUUAGUGUCUGCCCAACUAAUAAACUUACACUUUCAUCUCUUGAUAAACCCCUUUUUCCAACUCCUUGGAGGGGUUACAAACAUUAUAACAUUUAAACCCCAACUAUCUUAAUUAAUUAAACGGACAGAGUGUAAGAAAUAUCAUAUCAAAUUGAUAAACUUAAACCACGCUAUAGUAGAUCAUUAACAAAAAAUAGGAAGAAAUAUCUUGAUGAAACAGAAUAAAAUGUAUAUGAUCUUAAGCCGAUGGAAAAACAAAUUUUGAAUGGAAGCCGUCUUAAAUUUAAUGAAGACUUAAGUAUGAACCUUUAUUUAGAACCACCAAAGCCACCAUUGCUUCUUCCUCAUAUGUUAGAUUUAUAUUGUUUACAUUCUUUUUAGAACAGAAUCAGUCAAGGUUGGUUCAAUCACUAUUAGUAAAGUUGUUGCUUUACCAAAAUAUCUUGAUCCACCUAAAAGUAGAAGGCUUGGAUUCAAAAAAUUACCAGAAUACUCUAUUCGUAGAUUCAGUCAUGUGGAUGAUUUAGUCGAACGAGUUCGAUUGCAAUAAGUGGAUAUCCUUAAAAAAUAUUAAGCAAAGUCCUUUUCUAAGGAUAUAUAAAAUAAACUUAAGGAUGAACUAUUUAUCAUACUAAAAUAAUUUGAAUGA